UAUAUGACUCUGGGCUUUGCUUAAUCGUUGGUUAAAUACGAGCUGAGGUCGUGACGUAAGCACUUGAGCUCCGAAUUUGAAAACUGCAUUGUAACCAUUUUUACUACUACUCGGCAAAUACAGACUUAUUUUCAGACAAUGCAUUCGAAUAUUCAGAGCUUGCAACAGUGUUUUCUAGUACCUCAAGUGAUUUAAAUUUAACCCCCGAUUAAGAGCCCACCCAUCUACAUUUUUGUAUAAAACUACCGCCUAACGGUUAAAUUACAACUCUAAGUAGGUGUAAAUACGUCGCUCAUUUCCCAAAAGCGUCUCUGUAGUCCUAAUUAUUACGCCUGAAUCUUUUACGAGCAACUUAUCUAUAAUUCAAAACGGCCAACGCUUCAAUGCUAAGCCUUUAAGUCCUCUUCAAACGCCUUCAUUUUGCUCUGGGUUUCUAAAUUAAAAAUAUGACAGCCAGUGUGCGUUCUCCUCGCCAACGAUAGCACGAAAGCCGCAACGUCGUGAAUGAGGAUGAACACAAAGUACGGGCCACACAGGAAAUAUUCAAGUACAUAAUAUGUGUGUAGCAUGUGUGGGUAUUUACUAAGCAGAAGAGUGGGUUGAGUGGAAAUGACAACAACAGUAAAGCUCAUAAAAUGUAAUUCACUUUCAAUUAAGCGUUUCGUCGUUGCUGUGCGGCAGGUGCGCGGAAGUUGUUAAAAUUUAUUAAACUUAUUAAAUAUUCAACAUUUAAUGAUGUCAAAAUUGUCGCUGCACAUUAACAGGACCGCAAUCCGUCACUAAAAUUUUAAUUACCUAUAUAUGUUGCGCCAUAAUUUCAAGGGUUGGAAUUUAUUAAAUUUUUAAAGAAUUCUUCGCUAUACACUUUCACUAACGCGAUAUACUUUCACCAAAGACCUUCCACAUUUCCACAUUCUAAUUGUUUACAGUUUCAUUUAGACGCGUUUUUGGCGCUUUUUGGUAUUUCACACCCCUCCCUGUUAUAAAUUUGUCUAGAUAUUAACAUGCUGCUGUAGUACCAAUGCGACAUAGAGACAGCGUCGCAAUGAGUUGUCUUUGAAAGGAAAAAUGGUUCGUGGGUGCGCUGGAGUGCAAGUGACAGUCAGUGCAAUACUGCAUGCGCAUUGUAUAUUUCCAACGCGAUUUGGCCCAAACAAAGUAGCAAGUCCCAGUUGAGCAUCUCAUUCCUCUGCCUGAGUAAGAGUCUACUCAACUGUCAGAAUAUAAAUUGAGAAUUUGAGCAAUUGGACGCAUGCGUUGAACAUUAGAAGCCACUGAGUAUAAGCGAGCAAACUUUUAACUUAUUUUGAGAAAGGCAAAGAAUAAUAAGGAAAAAUGACGUAAAGCGAGUGUUUAUCCUUUGACAUGUAACGUAAAGUUGUUAACAGCUGUUGUAAAAAAUGUAUCUUCGAUACAAGAAUGUAUAAAUUAACUUUUUUAUGUUAAACGUGCCUGCAAAAAUAUCGGACAAAAAUUUCUUCGGCAAAACGCGAAAAACUUUUGAAAUAAAUUUUCAAUAUUUUAACACAAACUCAAAGAGACUUCAUGUAUUAAGAGCUUUCAGGCAUGUAAACAAAUCAUCGGCUGCCGGCAAAAUGACGCGAUUUCACGUGCACCCAUCACUUGUCGGCAUGAAUGUAUCGGCAUGUGCGCUAAUAUUCACAAGACAGCCGAUUACUUAAGCUUUUGCAUGCGCUCUCGCUCUCGAUAAUGCUGCAUGCGCUCAUUGCGUGCUCACUCGCGCCUAGUUUCAUUUUCAUGUCCUCUAAAAAUUUCUGGGUGAAAUUUUCCAAGCAGAAGCUCGACUGAGCUCAGUUUGUCUUUUCUACUGGUGGUGUCUAAACGAAUUCUCGGAAAACUGAACGCUAACCAACCGCUCCACAAGGUGCUCUUAAUAACCUAGACUCAGUUUAGUGAAGCACCUUCUGCAAGCAGCAAAAAAACGAAAAGCAGCUAGUUAUGUGAUUUCGUGAAAAUUUCCGCAGAAAAUUAUUUGCCACAAACCAGUGUUCUAUAUCAAAGUCUAGUGUUGAGAAAAAAUUGCUGAAAAUUGUGCUAAGUGAAAGUAUGUUACUAAAUUAUAUAAUUCAUUAACGCGCAACGAUCAAACCGAAAGCGAGCCGAGCAGAAUGGAGUCCCAAUGUGGAUAAAUACGCAGCGAGUUUUUAGGAUGUAUGUCCUUUCCUCUGCACACAUUGCUGCAGCAACCUGUUAAUGGCUUCUAUAAACUACAAUCGCAGGCAUGUCUGAAUAGACCACAGUCGCCAAUAUUAUUGCAGCAACACGCAUCACAAGUCCACAGCCAAGCUCAUCAAACCCCGAGCCCAACGCCACAAAACAACCAAACACAUAAUACCAACGAUAAAUUCGUUCACUUCCAACCGCAUACGCAGCCCCAGACAAUUGUAUCGGAGACGCGUGUCGCCAACGCCGUACGCACAAUGACAUCAACUCUGGCAAGACAGAAAAGCGAAGAGGAUGUCAUGAGCAUCGACAGCAUGGCUCAGGCAACAGCCGGUAACAAUAUUGAGCAUCCGAUGACAUUGAGCCGGAAGGCUUUGCACCAGCGUGACGCCGAUGAGAAUCUGUUUUUACGUUUCCUCGAGUUGGAUCCACCGACGGAAACAGCUGCGCCUACAAAUGCCACCAGUGCCACACCGUCCGCAGGAUCAGGCGGACGUCGUCUGUCCGCUACUAGUAAAGCUGUUGGUCGCACACCCUUCACUAUGACCAAAAAGUUGACGCGUACUGCCGAACGUGGCUUCGGAUUCUCCAUUGUGUGGACACAUCCGCCACGUGUCGAAAAGAUUGAACCAGGCCUCUCGGCCGAUCGGGCUGGCAUACAGCCAGGCGACUAUGUAAUUUUUGUCGACAAACAGAAUGUAGUAACCAUGCCUGAAGCGGAUGUGCUCAACUUAAUUCGUUCACAAGGCUCUACGCUGACGCUGGAAGUCUUUAGACGAACCGGACCCACAGGAGGCGUUGGACUAGGCUCUAUGCCGCCAGCGCUCAGUGUCGGCAGUCGCGGCCAUCCAGCUGCACCGGUGAUGAAUGGAAAAGCUACAUCAAGCACACGAUUAGCAAGUGCCGCCAGUGAUGAGCAGCAGUCAGUUACGGGAGUUCCGACGAUUCCAGCACGUCGCGUCGGUGUUGCGAGUGCGGUGCCAGCAACGAAUGCAGCACCAGCACCAACAGUUGCUUUAACGAACGUUCGUCCGUCCACAGCCUGUUCCGGUGGCACUACCUCGUCCAUUGAGGCGGCGAAACGGCGGCUGAACCUACCGCAGGUUACGUUCAGCAAGGAGUCUAUUGGGCCAAUUACAGAUAAUCGUCGCCGCUUACUGUUGCAGCUGAUCAGUCGCGAGCAGAACUUUAUCGCAGCGCUGCAUUUCGGCAUGCAGCGAUUCGUCCAGCCGUUGCAAGACCGUAAAGAUCUCAUCUCGCCAAAUGAUCAUCGCACACUAUUUCAGAAUAUCGACGAACUUUUGCGCAUAUCCGAGGAUAUACUGGAACAAUUGUGCAACGAUGAUCAGGAACCACAAAUGAACUUUGCCUCACGUGUUUAUCUCUCGAAAACCACGGCUAUUUGUGCGGCCUAUAAGAAGUAUUGCAAUGGCAUCAAGCGAGCCGACUGUGUGCUAGUGAAUAAGUCAAGACAAAUGGGUUCCGAGUUUGUUGCCUUCAUUACAGAACCUCAAGUGCCGCGAAAACGUCCAGACCUUACGAUGUUUAUUCAUAGACCCUUACAACAUUUUCGUGAAAUACUGAAGCUAAUGCAGCUGCUCGCUUCUAACUGUCAUGUCGAUACCGAAGAACAUAAAAAUUUCACUACUGUAAUCGCUGAGCUUCAGGCUGCGUAUCGCGAAAUUACUGUCAGCAGUGGAUUAAUGGAGCCUCUGGGCGAAGGCCGACCUUUGCUCACGUUGCAAGAUCUCGAGUCCCGCAUGGUCUUCACUAAGUGCAAACCAUUCACGCUGGCCGUACAGGGACGCCAAUGGAUAUUUGGUGGCGAUCUGUCACGCGUGGAAGGCCGCUCCGUGAAACCCUACUGGACCUUGCUCUUUAGUGACAUCAUCGUGUUUGCAAAGGUCAGUCGAGACCGCGUUUUAUUUAUAACCGAAGAGCCCAUCCCAAUCGCGAAUAUUGUAGAUUCCUGCUUUCAUAUGCGAAAAAAAACGACAGAGUUCCGUCUUACGGUGGAUCCGAAUGGGCGCUUGGCCGAGAGUCCGACCGGUUAUUGUGCACCGGACCUUACACGUACACCCAAAAAGAGUGCACGUCGAAAGAGUCUACUACUGCGAGCGCCCUCUUUAGAACUGAAAGCCGUCUGGCAGAACCUAUUACAACGUCAAAUUUUUUUGGUAAAUGCCGCCCUUGGAUCGACACCUCUUUCAAGUCCACUAGAUUCUCCUGAUGUGCUUAAUACUCUAGUGCCACUUAGUGAUAUCGGGAUUGCGACUGCAUCUAUAGGCUCAAUUAAGCACUCAUCCAUGGACAGCAUCAACGCAAAGAACAGCCAGCAACAGCAGAAACGCCAUUCCAAUGCAUCGGAGCAAAUCGAAAUGUUAAUCGACGAAAAGUGCCGCAUCCUAAACAAGACUGGCACUUCCAAGUCGAAUGCACUGCACCUUGCUAACUGGAUGAAAGGUCAGUUGGACAAACAGCAGGAGCAGGCGAGGUUGGCAGCGCAGCGUUCGCGUGAGAACAUCAGUCAUGAAGAGGAGCACCUGCUCUAUCCGGAGAAUGAUCAAGAUGAGCGUAUAACCUUUUGGACAAGGCAACAACUUGAAAAGCGCACUAAGGAACUAAAUUUGGCCAAAGAAAAUGGCAGCAUGAAGGCCCGGCCGAAUUUUGGCGGCAAACGAUUGAGUGGCGUGGAAGAGCUCAGCAUGAGUGAUGCCUACUCGGAGAACGUGAGUCAGUUGAGCCAAUCUCACAGCACCACUUCAGAUAGUCAGAUCACAGUACGUUCUAGUCCCAUUGUGCUUGAUAAACUAGCAGUCUGUCGUCAUUGUCAUAAGAAUUGUCAGCAAGCGGCUUUGGGUCUUCAACAGUCAAUGUCACCCGCUAUGUCCACCUCACAAACGCAACGGUCGGCCAUUGGCGCAAUGAUCACCGAAGUUAGUGCAGGUGGCGGUAGUGGCAGCGGGCUGGUAUGUACGUCACUGAAGGUGCAGCAUAGCCAGUCGUCACCCAAUCGCUGCUGCAGACUCAAUGGGAAUGCUAGCCAGGCUGGCAGCACCACCAGCAUAUCAUCGAGUACUAUCACGGGCGAACAGCCCAGCGAACACUCAUCCAAAGUAAUAGCUAGCAGUAGUAAACGGGAAACCGGUGAUACAGAAAGCGAUGUGGCGCAACUAAUAACCGAUGAUCUCUCGCAAUCAGAGGCAACGGACGACAGUAUUGGUGGGAUACCCAGCAGCAGCAGUGGAUUCGCCGGUGGCGAUGAAAUACAACGCCGGCUCACCGACAGCUUCAGUAAAUUACGAAUUUUAGACGAACGGCGUGAGGCAAAAGGUUUGGAUGAAAAGACUGGACCACAGCUUGUGCCUCGCAUACAGGACUCACAAAAUAAUCAUCACACGGCAUUAAUGAAUGGAUAUUGUUUAUCGAGCUCAUCUAGCGGUGAUAGAGACAACGAACAGAAAACAGCUGGCGACAAAAAACAACAACCACAGCCAAGAACAUACCGAGUUACAUUACAAACUGCUACGGAAGAAAUGACAAAGGAAGCGGCUGACAAAAAGGUUAAAACCACUGUCACCAUUACGGAAACAGCGCAAAUAAUACGUACACAAGAACAGGACCGGAUGCAGGAACAGGGUAGCAUACAUUUUGCGGAUACGAGUCGCACCAAUACGAAAAGUCCUAAAUCUCCGCACACGCCUGUCAAAUUAAAAUCCCCAAAAUCACCUAGCACCCCAGCAUCAGCAUUCCGAUUCAUAGCAUGCAACUGUCAAUGUACCCCCGCUGAUUUCAAGAAUACGACACUCAGUCCCGAUGAGGUGGAACAACAGACUUGUAAACUGAUCGAUUCACCUAAACAGUCACCACAAAUGCCACGUCAACUGCAGUUGCAAGAGUCAGCAAACAAUAUGAUAAGUGAAAAGACGUACAAGCAUUGCAAGUGCAUUUGCGGUGGCCAGUCCGCAGAGCACUCAUCCUUCCAAUACGCUGGUUUAUCGGCGAGACAUUUUGAUACUAAGACCACACCCACUGCUCCAUUGCCGACACCUACUUCUGUAACAGCACCUGCACCCGCGCCCGUCUCCAUUUGUGACGGUACCUUUGUGCCGACUAUCGCUGUUGUACCACCUACGCCUGAAGCGUUGCUUACCAUGACCUCGACGAAUGUGUGGGACAACAGCGGAACAAAUUUAACAACUAGCACAGCAACUCAGCUGCAGCUAAGCAACACACCCCGCCAGGCAGUAAUUGAGAAUAUUCCCGAGGACUCCUGCGAUGAAUCACCACUAGACGAAGAGCCCCCGUACCGCCCAAUGAGCAAUGCUCUGCGGCGCUACGGUACCAUGUCCAGCCUGGAGAAAUUACCUUCAGAUGAUCGAAUGGACGGUGAAAUAGACGAACUAGAUAAUGAUGAUGACAAAAGCGAAGUGCCUGGCGAUGAUGAAGAAGAGGAUGAUGAUGAUCUGGAUGAUAAAGCACGAGCCGAUACGGUGGACAAUAUGUGCGAAACCAGUAGGUCUAGCGUAUACAACAACGAAGUGGUGGCUGGCGGAUCAUGUGUGUUGGUAGGUGGUGUGUGGACUAGUCGAACCAGCGAACUGGUGGGAGGCAAUAAAAUGUCGUUUUUUGAGGAAUCACGCGCAUUUAUCGAUAAAUAUUUAGGGAGGUGGAAUCAAGACCAAACGACUUCCUCACCGGCUGCCACUACUUCUGAAACAGACGAACAAGCCGACGAAUGUACGUCGGGUGCCACAUCUGGAGAGGAAGUUUGGGGAACGCCGACAAGUGGUGGAGACAACGACGAUAUGCAUCUAGUGAACUCGGAAAAUACAUAUUCAUCACCUACCAAAUCAAGCAAUUCACUAAAUGAUGACGACGAUACCGAGCUAAUGAUGGAUGAACUGCUUAUGGCGCCACCAAUGACGGCAAGCACCAUACGGGGACUAUUGCCUCGACGUCGCUUAGAGCCACUUUUUGAGGAGGAGACUGAAAGCGAUGAAGAAAAGACCCAGCAGGAAAGUGAAGAUGUUAAAAAGGGGGAAACAACGACAAAUGGCCACUAUUUAAAGGAUUCAGCUGGAAGCUCAAGCGACGAGGAUCUCUCGAACGAGAAGAGCUACGAAAUGGAGAUGGAGGAGAACGUGAAAGCACCACAUACACAUGGUCAUAUUCCACCGCCGACGUCAAUGCCGACGAGCUGGGAGCAGGCGUUCGCGCAAUCCCAACCACCUCAUCUGGCCAACAAUGCAGCUCUGCCCGUCGCUGUUCUGAAGGCCUCAUCCUGCGAGUACCUACUCGAACAGCGUACAAUGGUGCCUCUGCGUACAACCAGCAUUACCAACAGCCCACCAACAGUGAGAGCCAAUUCGGCAAUUCCAAUGACAUCAGCAACGCCGUCAUCGGCGAAAGUAGAAGUGGAAUUGGAGGCAGCGUCACAGCAGACUGUCACGAUGCAAGUGGAGAUGAAAGCGACGAUGAGGAGUACUACUACUAUGAUGAUGACGACGACGCGGACGAUCAAGACGCCACCGUCGCCACGGAAUCAACCUCCUUCAUCGAUUUCUACAACAAUCAACAGCGCGAGCGGCAGUACCGCGAAAAGCAGCUGCAACAGCGCCAGUGGGAGUACCCAAACUACAUCCACAACAAUUGUGCGGCCGGCGAAAUUCGUUCCACCGCCGCCACCACCGCGCCGACUGUUGCUAACACAAACAAAUUUGCAGACAAGUGGCAUUCACAUGCCGAAGGCGCCAAUACCACCUCAACGAAGUUCUGGCGCUUCUGCUGACGUUGGCUACUCAGCGGUUGUAAGCACCGCCGGAGAAAGUACAAAUGCAACGCCCGCAACCGCUAUGCCUACCACAAAAGUAGCACCGUCGGCAGCGAUGGUGAAGGCGACAGCGAACCAGACAGCAGCCGGUGGCAAUCAGCGUUCUGCUGUCGCCGCACCCGUUGCUCCAGCGUCCGCAAAGCGGGUGUCUUCAACGAUAAUAGAGACAUCUCUGCUGGGUUCAGGCACCAGCAAGGCAGCCUCCUCAUCAUUAACAACAGCUUCGAAGACGACGAAGCAGCCACUGCAGGGGGAGCGACAACAACAAGCGUAUGCGUCCCAGAAAAUUCCAAUAGAAGCAGUGAAGAAAUCAACAGUAACGCAGUGCGGCAACGACGGUUCAAAAUCGGACGUUGUCCCGGCGCCCAUUGGUUCGGGUUUAAGUCCUCGUCUAGAAAUGCGAUUGGCACUCAAUCACGACAUUCUCGGCGACGAAGACUUAAUUUGUUACGAUCCUGGUCCGGAUCUAACAAGAAUAUUGGGGCACGACCUAUCCACAUUUCAGCGACGGACGGGUCGCGAUUUAUUGAGUCGUUCAGCAACGAAUCGCGUUCAGCCAAGAGAGGCUGUCAUAUCGUUCUCUCAACAGCGAAACUCGAAGAUGGACACGCCGACUGUGAACCGACGUCCACGUCCGACCUACGGCAACUUCAGCAGCUCUCUAACGACAGGUUUGGUUGGUGGCGCUCGCGUCGGAGGCGCUCCACAACCCCUGCUGCCAAAUCGAAAUACAUGGAGCAGUUCUGCAUCUGCGGAUCGGAACAGCGGCGACUACGCAAGAGGCGAAGAAAGCAGCAAAAGCUACAAUUGCAACAGCGACGAGAGCAAAUUAAGCGAUCUCGAAAUCUUAGCGAGACGCGAGAAGACAUAUUGCAUGUCUCAAUUGAAGAGUGGCUCACGAGUCAAGACGAAGACGACGGCGAAGGCGAAGGCGACAACAAACGCAAUGACAAUGGAAACAGUGGUGGUGACGACGAGCAGAGAUUCCUUGACAAGUCCUCAAGUGACGAGGAAGAGUACUUCUUCGAUGGGCAUGGAGACUGAGGCUGCUAAUGUGCGCUCCCGUAAGAUCGGACGCGAUGAGAGUGCGUUGAUUGAAGCGGGAAAAGGAUCUCGAUUAAUUAACUUCAUAAAACGACGCAACUCAGAAAGCCCAAUCUCUCCCAACUGUUCUCAGAGCUCACUAAGUGAAUCCAACGCAAGUGGUACACCAGUCCACCGCCUCGGGGUACAGAUGUCACCACGAAAAGAUAAUGAUAAACCUUCGUUGAAUCGCCGGCUGUGGAAGCAGAUUACCAAACGACGACGCGCCAAUUCAGUCUCGGAAGUAGUUGCCAGCUAAUUUUGCACACAUAUGCCGUCAUAGGUAAUCAACCGCAUGAGCAACUCGCACGAUUCCUCUGCUAUACGUCCCGGACUAAAUACAGCAAUUUCCCUAGCAGUAGAUACCAUUUCCCAAAGCGACCUCUAUACAGUUAAACAAAACGAAACAAUUGGAAAGCAAAGUAUUGGAAUAUUUUUUGUAGAACGUAAGCGUAGUUGUUGUUGUAAUUCAGUAGGACAGGUUAUUUCUGGCGACGCAUUGCUUUUAGUUGAAAACAUUAACUUUAAUAUUUCCGAAGAGAUACUGGUACAUUAUUUGGAUAUUUGUAGAAUAAGCGAAUUUUGAUAGAUUUGUAAGCGUAAAUAACUGCGGUAGAGAAGAAGGAGCAUCGGAAGAAGCGUGCGAUCGGUAACAUAAUUAAAAUAUAUUAUUGACAAAUGAACGGUAAAUUAUUUGAAUUUAAGUAAACCCUAUGACGGGUCGGUUAAACAGAAAACGGGAAGAUGAUAUACAUACUCGUAUUAAGGCUUUGCGUGCAAGAAUAGAUUAAGAACAUUUUUAAAUUCGAAAUAUUUUAGGAAACGGCACAGGUUAAUUUCGGUGCACUUAACAAUAAAUCUCGUGUGUGUUGAUCUGAGUUGUACUCGUACAUGCGGUUUUAGGUAAUUUUAAUGAAGCUAUGGCGUUUCUAAAUAUAUACGAUUAUGCACGUUAGAAAACAAAUAAAUAGUACAUAUGUAACUUUGUCCAAUUAAAUGCAAAUCGGUCCAUUUAUUUGCGCUUCUUGUGCAGUGAUAACACGCUUGUCCAUAAUUUAUAGCACAUGCACAUACGUCACAAAAAGACUCAGCAACUUCCUGCCACUGAAGGUUUAAAUAAAGACGAAAGUAGUAACCAAAAAAAAACAACAUUUAGUAUAUACAAACUGAAAUUUACUGAUAAGAUAAUUUUAUUCAAUUUCAUAUAACAUUUUAUGCUUGUUUUUGGUUUGGACUGGUUUUUGGAAUUAUAAGUUGAAAAGCAAACUUUGGUAAUGUACAUGCAAUGCUUUUUAGUUCAGGCUCUUCAUGCAGUUUAGAGCUUACAUUGAGCUUUCAUAAGUACUCGCAUGUAAUAUACCCGAAGAGAAGAAAUAGGGAAAGUGCCGCCCUUAGCUUCCACAAGUAAUUCAUUAGAAAAUCAUCUUUAAAAAAUUUUAACUAAUUGAUUUCGCACAUUUCCGGUUAAACACGGUGGCUUAAUACGUUAUUAUUGGCUGCACGCUAUUUCGUUGAAGAGCAAUGAAGCCAGGCGCUGCGAAAAGCUACGAUAAUGCAUAUUUAUUUAUUAAU